AUGAGGAAUAUGUGGUGGAGAAGAAAUGCAUUUAUUUUUGAAAAUACUUUUAAGGGGCCAUAUGAGCUAUUUCUACAAGCUCAAGAAACCUUAAAAGGAUUUGCAGAGGCUAGUGCAAAGGGGGAGGGGGUUAUAAGAAGAGGGGAAGUGCAGAAAAUAGAAGUAAAGUGGAAGGGACCCGAGAGUGGAUUUGUGAAGGUGAAUUGGGAUGCUAGUUUAGAUGUUGAGAAGAAAAGAAAGGGGGCAGGGAUUGUGGGGAGUCCAGCUGUUGCAGAGUUACAGGCCCUAUGGAGAGCUUUAAAGCUGUGUGCUGAAUUGCAGUGGAACAAAAUCAUCUUCGAAGGUGAUGCUAUGGGGAUCAUUGAUACUGUAAAUAGACAGAAUUGCUGUUGGGAGUGGCAUGGACAAGUUGUUGAAGACAUUAAGUUGAUUUUACAAAAUAGGCCAAAUUGGUCCAUUCGUUAUACUAACAGAAAAUGUAAUACAGUAGCUUACAUGUUAGCAAAAAUGGAUCUGAAUGUAACUGAUGAAACUGUCUGGAUGGAAGGGAGACCUACGGGCAUCUACCCUUUUGUUUUACAGGAUACAAAUUGUAAUGCUUCUGUUAUGAGGUAA